UAUGACUUGAUAUUUAAAAUUAAUCUUAAUCCUUUAUCAUUUUUCUUGUGAAUAUCACAUAAUUCUAUAUACGUUGUAACAAUACAUUUUCAGUAACCUCACAAUGUCUGGAAAAGUGGCAAAAAGAGCGCCUAGAAAAAAGGGUGCAAAUGCAUAUAAAUUGCCAGAUUCAAUAUCUGCCGGUGAAAUAUUGACAGAUAUAGCAAGAAAACAAUGGAUUCUUGGCACGUCAAUCGGUGUCGGAGGUUUUGGUGAAAUUUAUUCUGCUGCACCUUAUAAUGGAAAAAUUCCAAAACAAUACCCUAAUGUAAUUAAAAUUGAACCACAUGGAAAUGGACCAUUGUUUGUAGAAAUGCAUUUUUAUAUGAGAAAUGCCAAACCAGAUGAAAUUAAUAGUUGGAGAAUCGAAAAGAAACUGCCAGCACUUGGUAUGCCUCAAUAUAUUGGUUCUGGCAGCCAUGAAUAUAAAAACACAAAAUACCGAUUUGUAGUAAUGGAUCGAUAUGGUACAGAUUUGUGGAAACUAUUUGAGUCAAAUAAUAGAAGAUUUCCAGAACAUACAGUAUAUAAAAUAGCUUUACAAAUAAUAAAUGUAUUAGAAUAUAUCCAUUAUAAAACAUAUGUACAUGCAGAUAUAAAAGGAGCAAAUUUAUUACUAGAUCUAAAAUCACAAGAUCAAAUUUAUCUUGUAGAUUUUGGAUUGGCAUCUCACUAUACUACAAAAGAUGAAUAUAAACUAGAUCCAAAGAAAGCACAUAAUGGAACUAUUGAAUACACUAGUAGAGAUGCUCAUAUAGGAGUACCAACAAUGCGUGGUGAUUUUGAAAUUUUGGGUUACAAUAUGAUCCAAUGGUUGUGUGGUUCACUUUUAUGGGAAAAGGACUUAUCAGAUCCAGUUACAGUACAGAAACAAAAAGAGAAAGCUUUUAAUAAUAUUCUAGAAUUUUUGAAUAUGUCGUUCCAAGGAUCAGUUCCAAAUACUGUACUUAAAUACAUGACUUUAUUAGCAAAUGUAAAGUUUAAUGAAGUACCAGAUUAUGAAAAAUUUAAAAAAAUAUUAAUAGAAGGAUUAAAACAAUUAUCACAUACACCAGAUGGAAGGCUGGAAUUUAAAAAUGAUGUUGAUUCUCCUAAGGAACGAGUUUCAAAAUCCAUCACACAAAAAGUAAAAAAACCGAUUGACAGGAAUAAAAAAAGUCCACGUACAAAAAAAAUAACUCCAAAUCCUAAGAGAGGUCUCGAUGAUAGCACUGUAGGAAUUGUAAUAGAUAAAAAACGUGGUGGUGUAAAAGAUAUUAAACUAGCAUUAAAUGAGAUUGAAUCUGACGAAGAAUAUGAUAUAAAAAUAGUCAAAAAAAUAAAAAGAAAUGCCAAUUCUAUAAAUAAAUUUAAUGAAAAAAAGAGCCCAGUUAGAAACAAAAAAAGAAUUAAGAGCAGUGAUAACAAUUCAGAUUCUGAACCAGAGAUUAUAUCAAAAGGUACUAAAUCACGACCCAUCAAUGUUCAAAAUGUGACGCCUAAAAGUUCAAGAACUCAACCAAAAACAAUGUUAACCGAUAAAAGUGCAUCUGACGAAGAUAUGUUUGAUACAUAA